AUGGAGAACGCGGAUAGCCUCAGGGGUCCACGAACAUGUGACUGGCCUAUACAAUACAACUUGCGAGGGCUAGCCGAUGUCGCUAAGGAACACUACUCCACUGCGAAAUUCCAUCGAAGAGCACUUUCACGCCAGCGACCAUCUACCGUACACGCAAGAGGCGCACACGAUAUACCAAUGGUGAACGUAAACGAUGUAUCAUUAUUUGGACCUACAUGCAGUAAUGUUGAACAACAACUACGAGCUCGUCGUGAAUCCACAACAAAUGAGCGUGAGAAAAUGAUGUCGACUUAG